AUGUACCUUCGCUUCGACUGUGAUCUAGGCGAAUGCACCCAUUACGACCUCGAGGACCUCAUCGAACAUGUGUUCGGUGACGAUGUGCUCCCUGCGCCAGCAGAGCGGAUCUACGAAACCCUGGAGGAGAUCUUGAAGCGAGAGAAUGAGGACCCUCCUGAUGAAGAGCGCGGACUGGGCACGAAGGCACGCGAGAACGUCGUCUCGGUGCUCGAUCGCAUUCUCCCCCCAUGGCAUCAACUUGGCAUACUCAUCUAUGGCGAUCAUUACAUGGACGAUAUCACUAAGAACAUGGCUGAGCGGCUGAAUGCCUUCACCGAUCGGAUACUCGAAGCGCUCAAGCUGCUCGGCGUAGACACCGAUUCUCUCCCCGUCCGGACAUGGACAUCCAUUCAGUUCGUCCCCGCGAACGAGGAAGACGAGAUCGACGAGGAGGACAACAAGUUCUUGUUACCUGACCUUGUACUGCGGGAAGGCAAGAAUCCGGUGCAGGAAUUCACCUCAGAUAAACUUUGGCCUGGCGUUCUGUCCUAUGCUUAUACCACCACGACCGCCCUCGACAUGGAGCAGAACCCACGACCGUCGGACACGAGGGCCUACCUCUCGGACGACGAACUUGCCGAGGCGACCGCCGAUGCUGACGACGGCGAGAAAUACUCUGACGAAGAGGAAGAAGACACCUGGAACCCGGAAGACGACCUCGAUGAAGAAGAGCUCAGGGAGGCCGACGAAGAGUACGAUUUCCUCCCCGAGCUGCGCGAACAGACCGAGGAUAUACCCCCACUGCUCACUGCCCUCGAGGCCGGGCAUCUCUUCUUCGAGACCCAGCCCGGGCGGCGGCAUGUCAUCGGGCUCACCUUCUCCGCGAACGCGAUGCGGUUGGUUGUGGUCGACCACGCCGGCGCGGUCACUUCGACGCGCGUGUUCCCCUGCGUCGACCCCGCGGUUUUCGUGCGCAUCUUCGUGGGGCUGUUGUUCUGCGACACGACGCACCUGGGCGUGGAUAACACGCUGAGUACCAAGAUUGACGACCAGAUGUAUGCGUCGGUCGAGGGGAAGGAGUACCAGGUGCUCGAGACGGUGUUCGCGUCGUCACGUAUUAGAGGCGCGGGCACCGUGUGCAGGCGGGUACAGCGCGAGGGCGUUGAGUAUGUCAUGAAGGACACCUGGGUCGUCGAGGGCGCUGGGAAUACCGAGGUUGAGAUCAUCCGGGAGCUCGACGGCGCGGUGGAGGGCAUUCCACGACUAGAAGCGCUGGAGAUCGUGCAGGUCGGUGGCAAGCCGGAUUCGACGGGGUUCGCGCGCGAGAACGUCACGCCACCCGAGGACGAGAAGUUUGAGGCGCCGCGGGUGCAUAAUCGUUAUGUACUGCACCCCUUCGCGACCAAGCUUGAGGAUUUCGAGAAUAAGGAGGAGCUGCUGGGGGCGUUCAGUGACAGUAUCACUGCGCAUGAGAAGCUCGUCGACAGAGGCAUACUGCACCAAGAUGUCUGGAUCACCAACAUCAUGCUGCGUCCGCGUGCGUCCCAAGACCACCUACCACACAAGAAGGAACGCCGGCGUGGACUACUCAUCGACCUCGAGAAGGCCUGUCGCAUUGGCCCCGAUGGCGAGGGCGUGCAGAAAGGCAUGCGAACGGGCACCCCACCCGGCAUGUCCAUCCGCGUCCUCGCCGACGACAGCGACACGGCCCCCCACGGCCCCGCCGACGACCUCGAGUCCUUCCUCUACUCCUUCCUCGCCAUCUGCAUCACCUGCACCGGCCCCGCAUCCUCCCCCACCAUACCCACCGCCUCCACUAUCCUCGACACGUGGGACGGCUACAAGCCCUACACCGAGCUCGCGCAAGCGAAGAUGGAGCAGAUGGGGAGCGAGGUCGCCUUUGAGCGCGUCCUCGAUGACUUCACGCCGUAUUUUCGCGACCUGAAGCCGUGUGCGAGGAAGUUGAGGGCAGUGGUAUUUGGCGAGGGUAAGGUGACGCAUGCGGGGAUGAGGAGCGUGUUUGAGGAGGCCGCAGAGGAGCUGAGGAGGCGGGCGUCGCCGCGAUUCACGAGCCCGAGGUUGUCGUUGGGGAAGACGAGGACGCCGUUUGGGAGCCCGGAGCGGAAGUUCGCGGGUAGCGACGCGGAGGGAGGCUUGCUCUCCGCCUCGAACGCUCCGAAGAGCCCCUUCGGCAGCCCGUCGCGGACGCCGCUGCCGAGCCCCAUCAAGGGCAUCUUCAGCAGCCCGAUGAAGAGCAGCCCGUUCUCCAGCCCAACGAAGAGCUCGCCGUUCCCUGCGCUCACGCCUGGGCCAAUGAGCCUGUUCGGUGGCGCGGACAAGCGGAAGCUCGACGACAGCCCUGAGUUGCCGGAGGUUCAGAAACGCCCGCGGCUGGCUGAGAGCAUCCCGCCCCUGGUGUUCGAGCCUGCGCCGGAGAUGUCGUCCAGGAGGAAGAGGACGGACAGCAUGAUGGAUGAUUCGGGGCUGUAG